UUUAAUAAACAAAUCAAUUCGAAUCAAUUCAUUUUCUCGGAUUAAUUGGGUUUUUCGUGCCUAAUUUUUUUUGUCACAUUUUCGAUCUAAGACAUAACACAAAUGAACAAACAAAACCCCAAAAUAAAAAAAUAAAAAAAAGAAACAAAUCAAAUCUGGAUCUCCCCCGCCAUUGAAGCAAACCUUGUUUUUCUCUAUCCUCCAUGCCUCGACCUCCAAACUACGAGUUCCAACAAUGGUGGAACAAACAGCAACAAGAGAUUCACAAUUUCAAUCCUCCUUCAAUGACUUUUUCUUCUUCCUCCUCUACCUCUACCUCCAAUGUCGAAAACCCUAAUUUUGUCUCUGUGGAGAUCUCUACAUCUGAAUCUAUCUCUUCUCCUCUUAAUCGAAAGGAUCCUCGAAAUCGCACUCGUAGUGUUCGACAACUCUCCUUCUUUUGUUUUUUGAAAUUGCAGCAUUUUAUCCAUUAUCUCUUCUCUUUUUUCACCUUUUUUAUCUCUCUUCUUCGUACUGCGAAUCGCCGAAUUGCGAAUUCUCCACCAUUACCUCGUCAUCCUUCUCCCGAAUCUAGGUUUUAUCGGUUGAUCAAAGUUUUGUUAGCUUUGGUGUUAGUUUUACUGUGCUUUGAGCUAAUUGCGUACUUCAAAGGUUGGCAUUUUAGCCCUCCAUCCUUGCAUAAAGCAGAGGUUUUAGGUUUUGUUGAGCUUGUUUAUGCUAGCUGGCUGAGACUUAGAGCGGAAUAUUUAGCUCCGCCAUUGCAGAGUUUGUCAAAUAUCUGUAUCAUUUUGUUUCUGGUGCAAUCGGUGGACCGUGCGGUGUUGAUGUUAGGGUGUUUUUGGAUCAAACUUAGACGGAUUAAGCCGGUCGCAGUUAUGGAGUAUUCUUCUAAGUCUGAAGAUCAUAAUAUCGAGGAUUUUCCUAUGGUUUUGGUGCAGAUUCCUAUGUGCAAUGAAAGGGAGGUCUAUCAACACUCCAUUGGAGCAGUAUGUGCUCAAAACUGGCCAAGGGAAAGAAUGCUUGUGCAAGUUUUGGAUGAUUCUGAUGAUCCUGAUGUUCAACAGCUUAUAAAAGCAGAAGUUCAAAAGUGGCAACAGAGGGGUGUGCGCAUUUUGUAUAGACACCGUCUUAUCCGGACAGGUUACAAGGCAGGAAAUCUAAAAUCAGCAAUGCAUUGUGACUAUGUCAAAAAUUAUGAGUUUGUUGCGAUAUUUGAUGCUGAUUUCCAACCGUCACCAGAUUUUCUUAAGAAAACUAUUCCAUAUUUUAAGGGAAAUGAUGAUCUUGGAUUAGUCCAAGCAAGGUGGGCUUUCGUGAACAAGGAUGAGAAUUUGCUGACAAGAUUGCAGAAUAUUAAUUUGUCCUUUCACUUUGAGGUUGAGCAGCAAGUCAAUGGGGUUUUCAUCAACUUCUUUGGUUUUAAUGGUACAGCUGGUGUUUGGCGAAUCAAGGCACUAGAGGAAUGUGGCGGCUGGUCUGAAAGAACAACUGUUGAAGACAUGGAUGUUGCUGUCCGUGCUCAUCUUUGUGGAUGGAAAUUCAUCUUUCUUAAUGAUGUGAAGUGCCUUUGUGAGCUGCCAGAAUCUUAUGAAGCAUACAAGAAACAGCAACAUCGAUGGCAUUCUGGUCCAAUGCAACUAUUUCGUAUGUGCUUCAUGGAAAUAAUCCGUUCUAAGGUGAGUUGGACGAAGAAAUUUAAUAUAAUUUUUCUUUUCUUUUUGCUUCGGAAGCUCAUUCUACCCUUCUAUUCUUUCACUCUUUUCUGCAUCAUUCUUCCGUUGACCAUGUUUCUCCCUGAAGCUCAUUUACCAGCUUGGGUAGUCUGUUAUGUUCCCGGCUUCAUGUCUCUGUUGAGCAUCCUUCCAGCCCCACAAUCAUUCCCAUUUAUAGUGCCUUAUCUGUUAUUUGAGAACACAAUGUCAGUUACCAAAUUCAAUGCCAUGAUCACUGGGCUAUUUCGAUUUAAAGGUUCCUAUGAGUGGGUAGUAACCAAAAAAUCUGGGAGGUCAUCUGAAGCUGAUCUACUUGGUUUGUCUGAAAAGGAAUCUGAAGUCAUGGUGGACACAUCCACUUUACAAAGGUCCUCUUCCGACUCUGGCCUCGAAGAAUUGAACAAGCUGAACAUGAGCAAAAAGAAUGGGAAAACAAAAAGAAAUCGUUUGUACAGAAAGGAACUUACCCUUGCAUUUAUUUUGUUGACUGCCUCCGUUAGAAGCUUGUUAUCUGCUCAAGGAAUUCACUUUUACUUCCUGUUAUUUCAAGGAAUUACUUUCCUGAUUGUUGGUCUCGAUUUGAUUGGAGAGCAGGUAAGUUAAACUCUUCUUUUACCUUUCCUGGGCAGUAACGACUCGUCAUGGAGAUCUGAGCCAAAGAACUUGGUCCAUGCCAAAACAAUGCCUAGAUCUCUUUUACCAGGAGUACAAAUAUUGGAAGCUUUUGUGACCAAGCAUAAUUGGUAAGAAGUUUAGCUAUUUAUUCCCUAUUGGCAUUGCAUGCUUAUCAGCCUACAUCUGUAUCUAUUUAUUCGUGAAGACACUAUACAGUUGCCGAGUUGCACAAAUAUUUAGUACGACAUACCCUGGCUGGGUCUUCGGCAGACUCUAGUAAAGGGGGAAACCCGGUAUGCUUUGCAUUGUUUGUGGCAAAGUUACACACUUACACUGUGAAUCACUGGUGUCAAGAUAAGAUGACUCCUGGUGAAUAUGUUUAAUUGUCAGAACCAUUCUUUUAGUGAUUUAUUGUUUUAGGUCAGUAAAAAUUUGCUCUUUUUGUAAUCAAUUUAAUUGUAGUGACAUUUGUUUAGGUCAGUAUGUUUUAUCCUUGCUCAUCUUUUAGAUACGAAUUAAGAAAAUUAAACUUCAGAUUGAGAUAUUAAUGUUCGCGUUUUCAUUGUACACUAAGUCAUAGAACAUUUAUUUCUAUUAUUUUUUCUUAUGUAGCCAUUUGAGGCACAAUAAUUGUAAGGGUCGACAAACGCAUGUAUCGUUCUCCAACUCCAUUAUAAAUAUAGAGUCAAUAUUCGUGUAAGUUGAUAUGGAUAGGUAUGGUAACGGUGUAACACUGAAGUCUCUGGAAAAACUCUUGCUUCCUUGUAUACCGUCACAAAAAAACAUCUUUGAAUCAAAUUAUUCAUGUUACA